AAAACCUGUUUGAAUCCAAGCCUGAGCUGUCAUAAUACGACCGUGUUGGAAGACCUGUGCUGUUUUAAUGCGCCAGGUGGACAGCUCCUGUUGACACAGUUCUGGGAUACUGCUCCUAGUACUGGACCAAAUAACUCCUGGACCAUCCACGGUCUCUGGCCAGAUCACUGCGAUGGCACUUAUGAUGCCAACUGUGAUGCUUCACGUGAAUACACUAACAUCACGGCAAUUCUCCAGUCAUACGGCAAAGCGAAUCUGCUGACGUACAUGAACAUUUAUUGGAAAGACUACCAGGGAAGUGACGAGAGUUUCUGGGAACACGAGUGGGACAAGCACGGAACUUGUAUCAGCACAUUGAAUCCCAGUUGCUACAACGGCUAUACUGGCCAAGAAGAAGUAGUUGAUUUUUUCGAGAUCGCAGUCUCUCUUUUCAAGGGAUUAGAUAGUUAUGCGACGCUCGCAAAUGCGGGAAUUGUCCCCUCGACCACAGUUACCUACACCUUUGCCCAGAUCCAGGACGCAUUAACGGCUGCGCACGGCUUCCCCGCCACGAUCUCGUGCAGCGGCGGCCAACUCGAUGAGAUCUGGUAUCACUAUAACGUGCUCGGCAGCGUGCAAACCGGGGAAUUUGUCCCGACUUCCCCAGAUGGGAGCAUGUCAAACUGCGCAGCCACAGGUAUCAGCUAUGUGCCGAAAUACUUGCCCGCUCCCACAUCCACGUCCACCAGCAGCGGAGCUACGUCGACCUCGACAGGAACGCCUUAUCUAGGAAAGGGGUUUUUGCAAGCAUAUACUGGUGGCGCCAAUAAAGGGUGUCUGAUUAGCGCUGGCACAUGGUACACGACUGGAACAUGUGCGACAUACACAGCAGCAACUUCCGGAUCAGGAUUCACGCUCACAAGUAGCAAAGGGCCAUGUGACAUCAUCGCAGGUGCAUUCUCAUGUGCAGCAGGAAACACAGCAGGUAUCUUCUCAAGUAUUGAUGGCUCAUUGGCGUACGGUGCAAGCAACACCUUCUAUGCUGCGGCUAUACCAGCCGGGUCAGUUCAACAGAAGGUGUUUAUUGCCACUGAUGCAACUGAUACAGUGGAAGUG